AUGUAUCGCGUCUUCCCGGAAGAUACUCCCCUCCCACCGAGUCCGCCUCCACUCCGAAGGCCCAGCACAGCAACCACCAUCAACAUGAACGAGAAAAGCAUUUCCGAGCACAUCUUCGCUGUUCCCUCAACAGCAAGCAGCAGCAGCAGUGGCACCGCCAUCACCAAUUCCCCUAGUCCCACAACCAUAAGAGACAUCACGGACAUAACCACCCACCUACACAACCUCUCCAACCUCGAGAUCCUCCCCCAGAUCCUCCGCGAGGGGAUCCUCUUCGCCGGCGGCGGCGCCGCCCUCCUCCUCCAAGCCGCCUACCCAGGCAUCAACUCCGCCUUCGCAACCCCCGAAAACGAACCCAGCCACAGCCACAGGCUCGCUCACAACCUCACCCAAACCCUGCAAACCACCCUCCAGCAAAUCGCGCUCCUCGUCUUCGGCACGUCCCACGAGAAAGCAACCCUGCUCGCGCAACUCCACCCUCCCACCACUGGUGGCAUCUCAUCCCCGACCCUCAAAACCCCAUCCCCAAGAAUAACCCGCCCGCAAGCCCUCCUCUGGCUAACGGCCACCCUCUACACAACGGCCACAGACCUCUACCAACGCACCUACGGCCCCAUCGACUACCGCACCGCCGAACGCGCCUACACGGAGUUCACGCUGGUGCUGCAGGCCCUCACCCUCGGGGAGCUGUGGCCCGCGACCCGCCAGGAGUUCUGGGAGUACUGGGACGGGCAGAUGACGCGGUUGGCGGUGACGGCGGAGUCGCAUCGGGUGGCGCGGGAGGUCCUGCACCAGAGGCCCCUCGUGGCAGACCUGUUUCCGCGGUGGAUGGCGGGGGUGAUGAAGCCCGUGUUCCGCGGGGUGACGAUCGAGUUGCUCCCGCCGCGGGUGCGGGUGGCAUACGGGUUGAGGUCGUCGGCGGGGUCGAGGGGGUGGUAUCGCGGGCUGAUGGCGGGGUUUGGGGGCGCGGUGUAUCCUGCGUUGCCGGGGUGGGUGCGGGGGUAUCCUUUGAGGGUCUGUUUGGAGGAGUGGAGGGGCGAGAGGGAGGGGGGUGGGGUUGUGUAUUCUUCUUAA